AUCAACAUGUGCAGCAUACCGCUCUCCUCUCUUCCGCCUGCCGACAGCCUGUGCUCUCGUAAACAUCUCCAGGUCUACAACUCAAAGGCGACCAUAUGGAGGUGAACAGCUCAUCGCAAACUCAUCGCUGCCUUGCUUGUUAGCCCUGCUGCACCGGCUAUCGUUUCCUUGAGGAGAGGAAGACCGACGCAAGGGUAGACAGCAUCUAGAGUAUCAAUGGCUACGCCGUAAUCCCCACGCCUGCCAUCCCCAUUUGGCUCUGGGAAUAGACCUGACCCACAGCGACCAUGGGUCCGGGCAACAAUGGAACAUGGCGCAGACCAACAUUGGAAGAGGUCAGAGAGCGGCAAGCCGCUUACGAGAACACAACAACUCACAGCCAGAAGCGUCAGAUUGAUUUUUAUGAUCAGGAUGGCUCCUUUGACCACGCUCUACCCUCUGUCAAGCGCGUCGCUCCGUUUCACACUGCCGCUGCUCUCUCCAAGGGUCUACCCCCACUCGCUGCGAGUGAGAUUACAAGACACCUGCCCCGAGUUCCCCCGAGCUGCACCGUCAAUGGCCUGUCUGAAUACUCCCAGAGGAGAGCCUUUCCGGCCACGCCGACCCCAGCUCACGAUGCAUUGCUAAAGCUGUCACACCCUGCCUACAGGAUUCCCAGGCCGUUGACGGCCAACUUCGAGGCCUGCGGCAUACACAGCAUCUACCCCUGGCAAAAGCAGUGCCUCAUGGGUCCAGGCCUCCUCAGGGGCGAGAAGAACCUUGUGUACAGCGCGCCUACUGGUGGCGGCAAGUCCCUGGUCGCAGACGUGUUGAUGUUGAAGAGGGUUCUGGAAGACGGCGAGGCCAAGGCUAUCCUGGUGCUACCCUACGUGGCGCUCGUCCAAGAAAAGGUUCGGUGGCUGAGGAACCUGGUUAAUGGUAUUUCCAGAGAAUCCAUCACCGGCCCCAUCCACGAAUCAGAUCAGAAAUUCUGGCGUAGACGAUCCGACGAGGACACCGUCAGGGUUGUCGGAUUCUUCGGCGGCAGCAAGAUCAAGCAGACGUGGGUCGACUUUGAUAUCGCCGUUUGCACAAUUGAGAAGGCCAACUCUCUCGUGAAUACCGCCAUUGAUGACGGCUCGAUAACCGCGCUGAAGGUGCUAGUUCUUGAUGAGCUUCACAUGAUCGACGACGAUCACCGGGGCUACCUCUUGGAACUCAUGGCCACAAAACUUCUUUGCCUUGACGACCAUGCCGUUCAGAUUGUCGGCAUGAGUGCGACGCUGACAAACAUUAGGUUAUUGGCAACGUGGCUCCAGGGUCAUCAUUAUGAGACUCAUUAUAGGCCGGUCCCCAUCGAGGAACACCUCGUAUAUGACGGCCGAAUCUAUGCCGCCGGGACAGCCAGCCGGCUCAUCAAGGCCGUCGCAACUCAGGUCAAUGGCUCGCAAGUCUCUCAGGCUCCAUCCGCUGCAAUAGGAACGAUAGCGGCAUCGGAUGCUAAGGAACUGCAGGACCCUGUUCUGAACGCGGUCGUUGCCCUCGCAAGCGAAACGGCGCGUGCUGGCUACGGGGUACUAGUCUUUGCAAGUAGUCGCGCGGGCUGCGAGGCGGAUGCCCUCAUCAUCAGUCGGGCACUGCCACCGCUCCAUGAGUGGGACACUGAUGUGCAGGAGAGGCGAACAGACUUGCUUGGUGAUCUCAGAAGCCUGCCAGGCGGGCUUGAUCCCACCCUUGAGCAAACGAUAAACAAUGGUGUGGCUUUCCACCAUGCAGGCCUCACCACGGAAGAGCGGGAUCUCAUCGCGAGUGCCUAUGAUUCCGGCACCGUCAAAGUCUGCGUGGCCACUUGCUCUCUCGCGGCCGGUAUAAACCUCCCAGCCAGGCGGGUCAUUCUACACAAUGCACGCAUGGGCCGCGAUAUUGUCGGACCGUCCAUGCUACGCCAGAUGAAAGGCCGUGCAGGACGCAAAGGCAAGGAUGAGGUGGGGGAGACGUAUCUCUGCUGCCGUCAGAAAGACGUCGAGGAAGUGACCGACCUGAUGCAAGCAGAACUGCCCCAGCUCACGAGCUGUCUCAUGAGCGACAAGCACCGUCUUCAGAGGGCACUGUUAGAAGCGAUAGCGGUGCGGCUGGCGACUAGUCGUGAUUCGCUCGACGACUUUAUCCAGAAGUCACUGCUCUACCAGACCAUGGACAUUAUCAAAAUGAACGAGACCGUCGAGGCUAGUCUCACCGAACUACAAGACAGAGGUUUCGUAUCUAUCGAUGAUUUCUCAAACUUCAAAGCUACACAGCUGGGUAAAGCUAUUGUAACAUCCUCUCUAGACCCAGACGACGGGGUCUUCAUACAUAAUGAGCUCAAGAGAGCGCUCCAGGCCUUUGUUCUGGAUGGAGAGAUGCACAUCCUCUAUACCCUUACGCCUGUCCAGGAAAUGUCGGUAAAUAUCAACUGGAAAACCUACGCCAACGAGAUGGAAAACCUAGACGAGAGUGGUCUCAGGGUCCUCAACUUCCUCGGCUUGAAGCCCACAGAGAUCAACAGGAUGAUGCGUGGAGGAGUGAUGAGAACAGAAACAACCGCGGAGAAGGAGGUCGCCCGCAUCUAUCAUCGCUUUUAUCUUGCUCUACAAUUGCGUGACCUGUGCAACGAGAUGCCGGUACACCGCGUAGCGCAAAAGUACACGAUGCCGAGAGGGACAGUCCAGAUUUUCGCACAGUCUUGUCAGGGCUUCGCGGCCGGCAUGAUCAAGUUCUGCGAGCAAAUGGGCUGGGGAGUCAUGGCGGCCGCGUUGGACCACUUUUCAGACCGACUGAGGGCUGGAGCCAAGUCCGAUUUGCUUGCGCUGGCCAGGAUUACCUUUGUCAAGAGCCGCACCGCGCGCGUCUUCUGGGACAAUGGCUUUCGAAGUGUCGCUGCUGUAGCGAAUGCCGACCCACAAGAGCUCGUCCCUAUCCUGCUGCAAGCGCAACCAAAUAAGAUCCGCCUGGAGGCUAAGGACGAGUCAAAGUACAAGGAGAAGUUGCUCUUGAAAGCGAAAGUCAUUGCGGAUUCGGCAAACAGGCUCUGGCAGAUCGAGAUGCAGCAGGAUUUGGAUGAAGAGUAGUGACUGCCAGGUGGGACGGCGGUUUGACUGACACCAGAGCCAAGAAGUGCUCGCAAAGUGCCUCCACAAUUAGACUUGAGUUGACAGGAGCCUCUCACAGAAAGUGACCGAGGUCGCUUGGAAAUGUCAGAACAUGGCACACAUGUUGAUCAAGGUACCUGAUUCCGUGCCGGAGCUCAGAGUACAGAUGUGACGUUGGAUACUGCAACCGAGGCGAAGCUUUGACGAGUGCCCCUUCACCUCGGCUGUGAGGGCAGCAGGCAAGGAAAACGAGACGCUCGCGGACGGAGAAGCGUGACAGACGACGAAUGAGACUGCCAAUUACAACA